UAGAAAUGACAUGCUCUUUGGAAAACUAUCUUAUCUCAAAAUAUUAAUUUAUAUUACGAUAUUUGGAAUAAUUCAAUUUAUUAUAUAUCAAAAAAUUAUCAAAAAUAAUAUAGAAUUAACGGUUGAUAUAAAAAGCUAUAAUCGCAAAGAUGUUAUAAACUAUAAUCACCAAGGCUUGAAAGGAAUAAACCCACAAGAUAUUUAUCUUUAUGCCCAAUAUAUGGGUGUAUCUCAAGAUAAACAUAACAAUUUUAUAUGUUUUAGUUCAGGUAAAAAUAUACCCUUGAAAUAUUUGAAUGAUGACUAUUGUGAUUGUGAAGAUGGAUCUGAUGAACCUUCAACAUCUGCAUGCAGGGGAAAUAAAUUUUUUUGUGACUAUCAGUUGCCAUUAUUAAAUGACAAAAAUAUUUUUCAUGUAAAUUUUGUAUAUUCAACUCAAGUGGAUGAUGGAAUAUGUGAUUGUUGUGAUGGCUCCGAUGAGUGGAGCGAUAAGAUUAAAGGAAUCAAGCAAUGUAAAAACACAUGUGAUAAUCUUUUGAACCAUUUUAAAUUUGAAGAAAAUGAAAAAUUGAGAGGCAGAAGAAUAAAGCAGUUAUAUAUCAAGCAAGCAAUAAUAAAUCAUAUUUCGCCAGAUCUAUAUGGUGUGAAAAAUGAAUAUUAUCAUUUGAAAAAAAAGUGUAUUAAAUACAAAUUUUAUCAAUAUGAAUAUCAUAUUUGUCCAUUUAAAGAAAGCAAACAAAUUAAAUUAUUACCAGAUGGGGAAAAGAGUGUCCUAAAUAUUGGUAAAAAAAGUAUUUGGUUAAAACCUAACCAGAUUUUAAUUUAUGAUGGUGAUUCAUCCACAUGUCCAAAUAUUAAUAAAAUGUUUCAAAAUAUUACAAUUAUAGGCAGACAUAGCAUUUUAAAUUUUAAGUGCGGUUCAGAAGAUAAAAUCUUGACUUUAACUGAAAAUGAACCCUGUUUUUAUACAUUCAACAUAUUAACACCAGCAGCAUGUUGAUAGCAAUAAUGUUUAUAUAUGCCAUAUAAAAUGUUACAUUCAUUAAUUGUUGGUAAUAAAAG